AUUAUCGCCGAACAAAAAAGAACAUCACCAAAAAUGCAAUGAUAGAACAUAGAAGUGCCAAAAGAUAAAGAGAGCCACAGCGUCGGCUGUGUAAACCAAAAACCAAGAAAAGGAGCAAAAUGGGUCCGACUCCAAAUUCUAAAGUCCCAAUUUUGCGUCGGUAUUACGACUACACAGGAUAUUAUUCUUCUGCGAAUAUAUUUUUUAAAAAAGCAAGUUUCGAACCUGCUGCUGCCGCUCACAAGUUUCAAUUCCGCAAAGACAGUUCCAGAAACAGGGGAAGAUGAACAACAAUAGCCGGAGGCAAAGGAGGGAAGUGGAGGUGGUGGAGAAGGGAGAUGAGGGUUUGAUUUGGAAGCUUCCGCAUGUCAAAAUUAAAGAGCUUGGCAAGGUUGGUCCUGCUUUUGGACUCGGCGCUGGCUGUGGUGUUGGCUUUGGCCUUGGCCUCUUCGGAGGUGUGGGUUUUGGUCCUGGAGUACCUGGCUUGCAGGUAGGCUUUGGUUUCGGUGCUGGAUGUGGGGUUGGUUUGGGAUUUGGUUAUGGUGUUGGGAGGGGAAUUGCUCAUGAUGAGCAUGGAAUGUAUUCUAAUGUUGGAAAAUUGUUAGGUCCUGAACAUCUUCCCUCUCAGGAUGAUAUCAAUGCCCUUAUUGAUGAGCUUGUCAUUAAUACCAAGAAGCUAGUCAGAGCAACUUCGAAAGAAAUUGACAAGUGGAGGAGAUGAAUUGAGUCUAUGGGGGGUUUUGAUUUGUUUGUACAAAUUAACUCUUUAGGACACUACAGUGCUCUGGUCUGAGAGUACAACUAUCAUCAACCAUGCAUGUAUUCAUAAAAUUGCAGAAACUAAGUGUCUUUUUCAUAUUGUGGCAAGCAUGAAGGAUGUUAGCGUAUGGUCUUUCUGUAAUCUGUAAUUAUAUUUUAGAUUGGUUGGACAGAAACCAAUCUUAAUUAUUGGUAACAUCAACAGGAAUGGUUAUGUACUUAUGUUGCCUGGUGUAGGGGUGCUUCAGUUGAGAUGAAUACAGAAUACUUGCCUCAACAGCACACCAUGAGUAGGAUAGUUGAUAUUAGUUAAUUAUUCAUUACUUGCCCAAUUUUCAUGUUUUCAUUGUACAAGGAACUAGUGUUUCAUGUCCCCUAGGACCCCUAGGGGACGUAUUAGUGGUUAGGAACUUGACUCUCCAUGUCAAAGAUGUCAAGUUGGAAUCCUGGGAUGGGUGGGGAGCGUUUUGAGAAGAGGAAGGCUAUCUUUUAUUGUAUAGUCAUGCGCUAAAAAAGAGAACUAGUGAUU